AUUUAGCUUCGGUGGUCCGUAGUCGUACAGAGGUGAUUCGACGCGGUUUCUGUUGGCUUCGUCGGCCAAUUUUUUUUCAGUGGAGUGAUCCCUAGAAGUAUAUCGGGAUCGAAAGGCUGGAAUAUCGGAUCGCGUGUGUGUGCGAUUGUCUAUAUUAAAUCGGUCGUGCUGUGCUGUGUGGUGUGGUGCGUGUUUAUGUGGUGUUGAAAAGUUAUUUUUACCUACUUACUGAGAGAAUAAAGUGACCACAAAAUGACGAAUAAGUCCAAGGAAGAUGUUAAUGGGACCGGAUACGAGUGGGAAUAUGCGAAAAAGAUUGAUAAUCGGACGACGACUCAGAAGAUACUUAAUUUCAUCUAUGAUCCACAAACCCAUGCGUUUAUGGGACGUACUGCCAAAAGCUGGGGAGGAAUACUAUUGUUUUACGCCAUUUUUUACUCGAUACUCGCACUGUUAUUCGCCAUAUGCAUGAAAGUACUCUUAUCAACGCUCAACGACUCGUAUCCAAAGUGGCAACUGGAUGAAUCAUUGUUGGGAUCAAAUCCUGGUCUUGGCUUCAGACCUCAAACUGAAGAUCCUGAAACUGCAUCUGUUAUAUGGUUCAAUAAUACUGACCAAAAUAAUAUCGAUACGUGGAUUAAAUUACUAGACGACUUCUUCAAAGCCGAAUACAUGAAGAACACUUCCAAAGCAGUCAACUGUACGUACGGAACAAAACUCAAAAACGACGAAUUCUGCAGAGUUCCUCUGGAUAUUUUUGGAAAAUGUUCGAAAAUUCACGGCUACGGAUACGCUAUUGGAAAGCCCUGCGUGUUUAUUAAACUAAAUAGGAUAUACCGAUGGGUACCAGAAUAUUACAAAGAUAAGUUGGAUACGCCGACAAACAUGCCACAAAAUUUGCAAGAUAAAAUGGAUUUGUUACCUGAGGAGCAACGAAAAAACGUAUGGGUGAGUUGCGAAGGUCAAUCACCUCAUGAUAAAGAGAAUAUCGGUCCGAUAACGUACUAUCCGUCGAUACAAGGAUUUCCAUCGUACUAUUAUCCAUAUUUACACGUACCGGAUUAUAUGAGUCCGUUGGUAGCUGUACAAUUCGAAGGACUGAGGCGUAAUGUAAUUAUCAAUGUAGAAUGCAAAGCUUGGGCAAAGAAUAUACGCCACAAAUCCACUAGUCAAGUCAGAGAUGGAUCAGUACACUUCGAACUGCAAAUAGACGACAGAGGAGGCAAUUUGACUUUGACUACUGGCAAAAAUACUACAAUGGCGGGAAAUACUCAAGGUCGUAAUGCAAAUCAAAAAUACGAUAUGCAAGAAGCGCGAAUUUCCAUCUGAGCUGAGCUUCCAAAAGAAUAUGAAGUACUACGUACGCGUUAAACGCCAAUAUCGGGAGAGUAUCGAUUAAUGGUUUUUCAACAUCGGAUUUUAAAGUGCAUAGACUUUUAAAAGUAGUACUCGCUUUCAGAUUACCUAUCUACCUUAUUUUUUCAAUUAUAGAAAACCGAACUUUCGUCUAUAAAUAUACGACGGACGUGCCUAUGAUAAGAAAAAUCGUUCCUAAAAUUAGCGUAACUAUUGAUAAGGGCAAAUUGGUAAGUUCGUGGCGUGCUUUUUUUCCAGCUGGAAAGAUGAAAGUUGGUAUUUGAAGAAUAAACGUUCGAUUUGUUGAAUUUAUUUGAAUAUUUGGGUUGGAAAUUUGAAUUUUAUUCUUAUUGAGAGCUAAUAGCUAAUUGUUCUCAAUAAUAAUCUAAGAAUAAUUAUUAUUAAAAAAAAAAAAAAAAAAGUUCUAUUUUAAAGUUUUUGCAGAUUAAAACAACCUUAACGAUCUCGUCAAUCAUUUCCUACCAAAAAUUGCACGAAAAAGAAUCACAUCAUCGUUGAUUUUUGAACCAAAAAUGCACAAAUUGAACUCAGGGAAAUCACCAAAACAAAAAAUAAACAUUCAAAAAUCUAAAUGUCAUUUUGUACCUAUACUCAAAUACCAACAUUCAGCAUCAUUCUGACUGGAAAAUCACCACUUAAUACUCGAUAUAAUAUUUCUCCAUCUAAUUUGCCCGCAUUGAUCGUUACCAGGUUUAAUUUUAUUGACUUUUUCAUGUUGUAUUGUGAUUUGUAAAAUCUAUAAAGAUAAACGUACUGCAUUUAUUUUUACUACGGAGGAAUUUUGAUAUAAUUCGUCUACUUGUAGAACACCGCUGAGCUUGUUUUUGAAAAGAAAAAACUGCCCAAGUCGAGUCGAUCAUUUUAAUAAUGCGACGACUCAGUCAAUUGAUGAUUUUGUAACAAUUGCUGAAAAAUAAUGUAAGGCCGAUGGCGAUUUGAAUUCGACAAAAUAUGAUUUGCUCGAAUUCAAAAAUUUCACCACUUUAUAAGCCAAAAUAACAAUUGACAAUUUUUAGAAUCGCUUUUUUGAUUUUUUUUUCAUUUUGUAGCUGAGUAUAAUUUAUUCACCUACGCAAUGUAAAAUUUGUAAGUAAAUUUUAUCAAAUUUAUGAAUAAAUUUAGAAAUUAACAUAACGUAGCUUUAUAUAGGUAUUACCUCCUAUACUUAAUAAUUUACCUGUGUAAUUCGGCGAAUUUAUUUGGAUGAGUUUCGAACAAUAAAUCUUAUACGCAUAAGGAUGGCUUUUCGUUUUAAAACAAAAAUUGUACUUAUACAUACCACAAAAACAUUGUGAACCUAGUCAAAUGUACGAGCUUUUUGUGAUAAAAAUAAACAAAGUGCAAACCUGUA